UAUUGACGAGCAUCAAGAAGAUGAAGAAAUGGGGCAUUCGACGCAAGCUGUUUUUGCAUGGAUGGAAUCUGUAGAAGAAGCAAAGCCGGUGGAUUUCAGACCGCGUCAGUACACUUCAAAACCUACAGACGACGAGGGACAGAUACUAGAGUCCGUUCACCAUAUCUCUCAACCGAGCGCCCACGAGGAUGAAACCGAAGCUCACAAUCUUGAUAGAAGGGAGGAUUUGAGUGAUGAUACUGGCAUGAUUCGGCUUGAGAAGCAUGGUAUUGAAGUAAGAAUUCCACCAAACGAAGCAUACAGAGCAAAGGAUGUCACUGUCGAACCAAUCCAUGACAUUCCAUCUGAGUUGGCGCUGAAGGAAACGGAAGCCAUCAUUUGCGUCGGUCUAAGGUUGUCGCCCUCCGAUGCAACCUUUGACAAUCCUGUGACAGUAACGAUGCCCCAUUGUGGUAUUUUCACAAAGCCAGAGGCUGCGGAAGUCGUCAUUUAUUAUCGAAAGAAUGCUUCGGAAAGUUUUACGGCGAUUUCUUCUACCGACGGUGGCCCACGAUGUGUUGUAAGACAUCGCGACCUAGAUGUCUACAUGGACCACUUUUCCGAAAUUUGGAUAGUAGCUAUCAUCAAAUGGGCAUUCUUUGGAAAACGUGUUAUCUGUACACCAUAUAUUCCAGUGUCAACUCCGGAUAAUGAUGACCAUUUUAUGUUGUUCGUCCGUGUUAGAGAUGACAACAUCGGAGAAGGAGAGGUUGGUUUUCUUCCUUUUUGUAUUUUCUUCUACUUAAUUUGUUCUCCAUCGUCAUCUUCUUCGUUUGCAUUUAAAGUACAUAUACAACAUUUAGGUACAGUCGUAAACUUUCAUCAAGUUUAG